UGUUGAAAGCACUGAACCAACGUUCCGUCAUCAAGCAACAUGCACGUUACAUGUCCAAAUUCCUGAACGUAAUAUCGGAAGUCCAACACUACAAAACUCCCGUACCCCAAAAGUACGAUUUCUUCCCUCUGCCUCUAUAUGGAGGUAAAUACAUGGUCACUCUUCUUGUAGGCGGUGGAGUCGGCAAGGAACUCAUGCAAUUCGUGCGAGAAGUCAUCGAAGUUGGUCGCACGCCCAUAAAGUUCGAGGAGAUCUUCGCUCCAAAAAGCGCACAUAAUGCUGAAAGAGAUCUCCAUCACAUAAAGACUUCGAUACGUAGAAACAGGGUGGCAUUGAAAGGUUGCAUUGAGACCAAGGAUAAAGCAACUGAGAAAAGUCAGUUCAACUUGAAUAUAAAAUCCGAGCUGGAUCUCUACAUUUCCAUAGUGCAUUGCAGGCCAUACUUGGGUGUGAGAUGCUUGAAUCCAAAUAUUGAUAUCAUCCUAGCUCGGCAGAACACAGAAGGGGAGUACCUAAUGUUGGAACACGAAACGGUGAAAGGCAACGUUGAAUCGAUGAAAGUGAUCACUAAACAGAAGACUGAACAGUUUGCUAAAUGGGCUCUACAUUACGCUAGGGCUCACCAUAGAAACAAAGUGACAAUAGUGCAUAAAAGGGAUGUAUAUGCAUUGGCUGAUGGAAUGUUCGUUGACACUAUAAAAGAGCAGGCCAGAGACUUUAAAGAUUUGCGUUUCUAUACCAUGAGCUUGACCAAUUUUCUUGAACAGCUCAUCAAACGCCCUCAAACACUGGACUUCGUGAUGAUACCUAAUUUGUAUGGCUGUGUGGCUACGAACAUUGUAUGUGGAUUGUUAGGGGGCCCAGGUCUCUUAUCCAAGAAGAGCUACAGCGAUUACUACGCUGUAUUCGAGCCAGCAGUUGGAUCUUUGGCAACACAGCUGGAGGGAAAGGACUUAGCAAAUCCAGUUGCGACCCUGAAUGCUCUUAGAGAUAUGCUGGCUUAUCUGAAAAUGGAGAAAGAUGCAACCGCCAUCGAUUGCGCUAUCAGAAGAACACUCAGCGUCGACAAAAUCCAUACGCCAGACAUUGGCGGAAAUGGGAAAACUUCCGAGUUUAUGGAAAGAGUGAAAUUUCACAUUAGGAACUUUUUCUGCUCGCAACCUAGAUAGAAUUAUUGAUAUUUAUAUUUUUGAUGUAAUAAUAAACGGUAAAUCAGAAUUC